AUGCGUGAAUUUAUAAAAAAUAUUUAUGUCUCGUUAUUUUAUAGAUCGCGAACGUUUUGUGGUGGUUUUAUAUAUCUAAAUAUUAUGAAAUGUUAGAUACGGUAAGAGAUUGUUCAAUGAAAUUUCUCUAUAUGUUAGUGACUGUAAAUAGUAUUUUCUAUUGUACGGUUUAUACUGUUGAAUGUACAAAUGUACAUUGAUAUAAAUAUAUCAAUGUUCGCUACAAUCAGUGUUGUAACAAGUCGAGUCACUGACUCGAGUCGACUUGCCAUUUUCUGUGACUCAACUCAACUCAAAUCCACUAUAGGAAACAUGACUCGAGUCAACAUGCACAAGUAACUCGACUCUGACUCGACUAUAUAGGUUAUUCCUGCCGUAAAAGACUCGAGACAAGUAGGAACUUCUUCAGAAUAAACUUAUGAAAAGUAUUAUAGUCGGGAAGGAAAAUGAUGCCGGAAACAGCUUUGUACAUAAUAACUACAGUGAAAUACGCAAUCUGAUUGGUCAAUACCCGUGCAGGAUCUGACAAUGCUGCACGGAAAAUUGUUUAAAUGCCUUGGCGCAGACUUUUCAAACUGUCUGACAAUGAAAACAUUUUAACGUGUGAAGUUAACACUAUAGUAAACGAGAUACAAGUUAACAAAAACAGCGAACGAAGGUUGCACUGACUACAGAUUGACGAGUUGGUCAAGGACAAAAACAAUUUUAAUACGCUGUGAACAUUUUUAAAGGUAAACGAUAGUUUAUUUAUUAACAUUUUCUAUUCACAAAGAAAGUAGUAAAUCAAAUUUAUGAAAAAAUACAUAUCAGUAACAUUAUUCACAAAACAACAACAACAACAACUCUCACUUCACAAUAGUCCAUUCAGAUCGAGAAUCUUCCAAACUUCGGCUCUCUGUUUAGCGGUUGUUCCAUCGGAUGUCAAUGUUAACUUCAGUAAGCAGCAGUGAACUAGAACUGUUAUUUUAUUAUACUAUAUUUAAUUGGUUUACAUGUAAAGCAUCGCUGUAUAUUUCGUUGUUGUUUUGAUUUUUUCAAGCCGUUAAAGAACAUUUGUGGGAGGUACCCACUUAUUCUGUCUCUGAUUGGUUAGUUCACGAUUGUUGUGAGAAUUGCAAAUUUCAUCUAUAGUUAUUUUAUAAAACAAUUAUAAAUAAAACUAUGCAAUUAUUUAUAAAACUAUUCCGUGCAGGAUAGCGUCAUUCAUGCACUUGAGAUGUUGCUCGACCUUCUGAAAGCGUAAAAAACCACUCACAUGCGGUUCGUGUUUUUUUUACGCUUUUCGAAAGUAUUCUGGUCCCCAGAACCUUUCUGCCGCGACCGGAAGAAAAUGAAUCUUAUUGGAGUAGGGACGAGAUUGAAUCACUUCAUGAAUUCUAUAGCUUAAUUAUGCCAAAUUAAAACGCUUCAGCUCCAGGUAACUCACUGGAAAAAAAUAGCGUAUCCGUACUAUGGAAUUUGCAAUUGCAUCGCUGAAUACACAGUGUAUCCGUUCUGUAUCCGUAGUAUGGAAAUUGCAAUUAGUAUGAAAAUUGGAUUUCCGUAUACCGUUUUCGAUGAAGAUCCUUACUAUUUCCAUAGUAAGGAUUUUGAAAAAAUUCCAGUGACUUUGAUGAAUUCCCUGGCCCAACUCUCAAUUAUUCAGUCAUUAUCUCGACUCGAUAGAAGCCAGUGACUCGACUUGAGUGGAACAGUUAGCCUUUCUCGUGCUCAGCUCUUCCGCCGUGUUGGGGUACUGCCUCUGAGCCUCUCCCAAGUCUGAGAUAUAAACACCAUGAAUUUCGACUUUUUGUCACUGUAGUUGUGCGUAUAAAGGUAUAUUUACAGUUACAACUUCGAAAAGUCGCUUUUCACAUUGCUCUAAGGCGAUACUCCAAAAAAUGGUGGAUGUUGGCCUUCGUGAGAAAGGCUAAUUGACUCGACUCGACUUGAUCGGACACUGAAAUGACCCGACUCGAACUGGCUGGCUACAAUGACUAUUGACUUACCGUUCCAAAUGGUGAACAUGAAAACAUUUUUUGCACUUUACUUGGCUGAAAUUGAACAUUGGAAUCGAUGGAUAAUCGCAGUGACUAUAUAUAUAUAUAUAUAUAUAUAUAUAUAUAUAUAUAUAUAUAUAUAUAUAUAUAUAUAUAUAUAUAUAUAUAUAUAUAUAUAUAUAUAUAUAUAUAUAUAUAUAUAUAUAUAUAUAUAUGCAAAAUCUUACCUGCAUUGAGCACUCUUCAGAUACGUGUCAGCAUCGACAAACAAGAUAUAUAUAUAUAUAUAUAAAGACAAAACUAGAAAAGAGCUACACAACAUUUUCGAGCAAUUUGACCUGAAAAUCACCGCCGAAGUAAAGUUGAACGUUGUUACUUUCGACCUGAUCAACGCAAAACACAAACCAUACAGGAAACCCAAUGACGAUCCAUUGUACAUCAACAGACACUCAAACCAUCCACCAAGCAUUACAAGAUAAUUACCUACGGCUAUCAACAAACGCAUUGCACUUCUCUCAUCGGACGAACAAACAUUUAAGGAAUCUACACCUAUUUACCAGAACGCUCUUAGACAUAGUAACUUUGAUCACGAAUUUACGUACACUCAGGAUGCACCGCAACGGACACGUAGGAAUAGGCAACGCGACAUAAUUUGGUUCAACCCACCAUUUAGUAAGAGUGUUAACACGAACAUAGAACGGGAAUUAUUAAGUUUAAUUGACAAACACUUCCCACUACAGCACAAACUAUACAGAAUUUUUAACAGAAACACUUUAAAAGUAAGCUACAGUUGCAUGAACAACGUUAAGUCUAUAAUCACCAAACACAACGCACAUGUAAUUAGGAACAGUCAAUCACAGAAUACGGAAACUGACAACUGUAACUGCGACAACAAAAACACUUGCCCACUACCGAAACAAUGUAUGACCAACAACAUUAUUUACAAAGCUACAGUCACAACGAACAACACGAACGACACUAAACACUACAUUGGUAUGGCAGCGACUACAUUUAAGGAACGUUACGCUAACCACACUUCAUCUUUUCGUCAUAAAAAAGACUCAAACAAAACGGAACUUUCGAAACAUAUUUGGAAAUUAAAAGAAAACAAUCAGGAUUAUACCAUCAAAUGGUCAAUUUUAAAACCCGCUAUUUCGUACACAGGGGGAUCAAAACGCUGCAAUUUAUGUUUGGAAGAAAAAUUUUGCAUUUUGAAAGACAUAAACAAAGACAAUUUACUCCAUAAAAGAAGCGAAAUUUUCGGCAAAUGUCGUCACAAAAACCGGUUUCGAGCCAACAAGGUCGUUAACAAAACCUAAUGACCCAAGCAUUCAUUGUUUCGCCUAAGCAUUGUUUUGCCAACAUGCACUCCGCACAUUCUUUCGAUAGCAUAAAAGCAACCUACAAUUUCGAAAAUGCUCACCACCUGAUGAUUCUAUACGGAUGAAACAGACUGUUGUGGUUUUUUGAGGUAAAACGAAAAGGAAUUUGUUCCGGUGUCUACAUUUCGACAAUAGUUCAUUUCUAGAGUUCAAGAAGCUGAGUUUAGGGUAAUAAAUAAUUAGAAAAUUUCCCCGCAGGCAUAAGUUGCAUCGUUUUGUUUUGUUUGAGUAGAUUGUAGCUUGUAGCUUGUAGCUUGUUUUUUGUUUGUUCAAUUAAGUUUGUCUUCUAAUCUUAUUAGCUCUACUACAGUAUUAAGUACUCUACUCUACUCAUAUAUGAUUCCAAACUCGAUACUUGUCUAUAUAUAUAUAUAUAUAUAUAUAUAUAUAUAUAUAUAUAUAUAUAUAUAUAUAUAUAUAUAUAUAUAUAUAUAUAUAUAUAUAUAUAUAUAUAUAUAUAUAUAUAUAUAUAUAUAUAUAUAUAUAUAUAUAUAUCGACACUUGUAUUACCCAUCUACCCCAAUAUACCUUUCCAAAUGCAUUUACGAUACUAAAAACAAACGUAAUAUAGUAUGUAUACGCGUCUGUUGAGCGUUGGUUUCUUUUUCACGAGACUUCGGAAACUUUUGUAUGCCUAUCUAAAAAAGAAUCAACCGAAGGAACAUGCAUUUGAAGAGCGCUAAGUAUACAGUGAUAGCCACUUGCACUUAUAACCAUCACCGAUUUGCCGGAUCAAAGAUAAGCCAAUCUCGUCCCUCUAGCCCGCCUUAAUUUUGGCAGCCGAAUAAUCAAUCCAUGCAUACCUGAAUUCAAAGCUGCUCAAGCUGGUCGGUUAUUAGAAGCUGUUUAUAUAUGGAAGCCGGGCUGGCCCGUUUAGCGAGACAGCCCGGUAAGUGAAUAUGUUUUGUGUUUAUAUACGAAAAAUAUUUAUCCCGAUUGUCGGGAUGAUUUUGUUGUUUUUGAGUGUUUAUAUGGAGAACUUUUCAUCCCGGUGAUUGUUCGAGCAAGUAAUGUUGAAGUCUCCCACACCAGCUGUGUGAAAUUUUUUGGGUUUUUUAUGACUAGGUCUAUAUGUCAGAAAGAGUAUGUUAUAUACGCCUAAUGUUUGCUCCCGAGGGAAAUAGUUACUUUUGUUUUCCUGCGAGUUUGGGAAACAUUGAGAUUCGAGGGACAACAAAACAAACUGACAAGGGGAACAGACAUUAAGUGUUUUGUGAUAUAGCGACGAAGAAAAAAUAGACAUAACAUUCGUAAAACAAUAAUAUUUCAUGAAUAGAACUCUUCAAUGUAAGUUGUUUUGACAAUAAAAGAACCUGCUAAAAAGUGUUUGAACAGCAUUUCUUUUUUUUGCCUAUUGAGUAUUUUUCUUCUCUGUUUGAUACUGUAUUCUUUUCGUAAACUAGAAAAACGUCCUUUCUAAAUUUUUCACUCCGUUUUGAGGAUUUAUCUGGUGGGUGCGGGCAACAAUUUUUCACAUUUAAAUUCACGUGACUACAAAUCAGCCAAUCACGUUUAGUUUGAGCCCUAGCUAUAUAACAAUUUGACUUAUACAUGUUUCGUUCUGUAUAUCUGCAGAUAUUCUUUAUCCUUCGCAAGAAAAACAACCAGAUUACAUUUCUACAUGUUUAUCACCAUACAUCCAUACUAGUACUGUGGUGGAUUGGUAUUAAAUGGGUUCCUGGAGGCUCGUGUAAGUAAACAUAGUUGCUUCAUUUCUUGAAUUUCGACUGUGCAUGGAAGACUGGAAGAAUUAGAAUAUUCAUAUCAAAGUAUUCAACUGUUCAAUCAUUAUUUGAAGAUGCAAAAGUUGCUCAAAGAACAAUCCGUUUGCGCACGGUUGACUCGCUUUAAAUUUAGAAAAUGUAUUCAUAUUCUCUUAGGUGUACUUUUCUUUACUUUACCUUACUUUUACUUUACUUUACUUUACUUUACUUUACUUUACUUUACUUUACUUUACUUUACUUUACUUUACUUUACUUUACUUUACUUUACUUUACUUUACACAGUUGGCAACAUAUGCAUGCUAGUACAGAAAUUAUUUAAUCUGCAAUUCUGUUGUACCUAGAGGUGAAACACAAAUGAUGAUUGAACAGUUCAUGUUAUAGUUCACCAGCAACCUGUUGCAAGCACAGAACACGUCAUUUGAAUGUGUAUAGUUGAAACUCCGAUUUAGUCUAUAUGUUGAAGUGACAAAAUAAAUAUCGAUUGUAUUAUUUAAUCUACUUCCCCUUGCAAAAUAGUUUUUUAACAUUUUUAAAAUGCGCAUUUUUUCAUUGUGGGUGCGCUCAGAAAAAUAUAUGCGACGCAUUUUUGGCGAUUUUGCCACACCCUACACCCUUUGUGACGGUUUUCUAUUAACCCCUUUGAAAAUUACGUGUUCUCGCCCACUCCACUCCACGAAAUAAUUCCUUACUCCUUGCAGGCUUGUGUUAGUUGCGCAGACAAAAACAAUAGAAAGGGACUGGAACUGGACGUCAAUUUCCGCUAUCAUUGGCUUCGACCUGAGUUCUUACUCCAGUUCUAUAUGGAGGUCACUGGGUAGAAAUUUUGAAUUGCUGAACUAUCUAAACUGUCAAAAGCAAACUUUCAGAUUAAAACUAAAUACGUACAAUCGUAAAAAAAACAGUUCAUUUUUGGCCGUGACAAAAUCCCCUGCCAAUGACGUCAUUUUACUUGCAUAUCAAACAAACUGAAUAUUUAAAGUGCUUAUGACACGAAAUUUCACCCCAAAUGUUUAUGAUUGCAUUGUAAAGAUCAUUUAAAAUGACUUAAUAAUUUCUUUUAUAGAAUUUUGGUAACUUGCUUUCUUUGCAAGAUAUUCAACUUUGUUUCAUAUGCAAAUAUCACCGGUGUGACAUCACAUCGCAUAAUGACAUUUUGAAAACGCAAUAUUUUACCUUGAUAAAAUAUGUUUACAAACAAAUACAGAGGGUUAAUUACGAGUUAUGAAAUUAAUAGAUAUACAAGGGCAAUUGUUAAGUUUUUUAGAUACGUAUUCGUCAAGAAAACUAUACUUUCUGAAAACUCAUUAUGUGAUGUGAUAUCACACCGGUGAUAUUUGCAUAUGAAACAAAGUUGAAUAUCUUGAAAAGGGAACAAGUUACAAAAAUUCUAUAAAAGAAAGUAUUAAGUAAUUUUAAGUGAUCUUUACAAAGCCACCAUAAACCUUUGGGGUGAAAUUUCGUGUCAUAGGCACUUUAACAAUUAUUCGCCGAAGGCGAAGUGAUUAUCGGGCAAUAUUCACCGAGACGAAGUCGACUCGAGGUGAAUAUUUAUCACUUAUUUACUGAGACCGAGGGAAACAGUGUGUUUUGUGGACCCGAGACCGUCGAUGUUUGCCGAGGCGAAGCCGAGGGAAACAUCGACGGUCGAGGGUCCACAAAACACACUGCUUUCCCGAGGUCUCAGUAAAUAAGUGUUUUAUUAUUUAACAAUUAGUCGCCGAAGGCGAGGUGAUUACAAGCCUUUAUUCACUGAGCCGAAGGCGAAGUGAAUAUAGGCUUGUAAUCACCGAGCCUGAGGCGACUAAUUGUUUUAGUAUAAAUUUCCAGGUGUUUACAAACAAUAAUCCACACAACUUUAUAAAAAUUCACUUCAAAUAAAUUUAUUUUCACUAUAAAUAGUUUGUUUACAAAAUUUAAAUCUCAGACACGGCUCUGUGUCGCGUUGCGACUAACCCAGUUUUUUUCCAAAUAAAAGCACGUAAAGUUUAAUAUUUUACCUUGAAAUAUUUUUAAACCAUAUUUUGUAGCUUGUUUGGGUUUUUUCGGAAUGCUAUCUUCUUUAAUUUUGGCAAUUUCCUCCUCUGUUACUACGGCAAAACGAGCAGCCAUUUUGAAAAAAAAGCUAUAGUCACUGACCAGUGACUAUCACUUGAAUCUUGACCAAUCAGAAUGCAGAAAAAUCAAUAGUCACCUGGAAAUUUAUACUAAAUAUCAAUAGUCAAAGAAACAACAAAUUAAAGAACAAAUGAACGUAAAUACAUAAAAUAUUUUAUUGUUAAAACAUUAAAUUUAACACUACAGUUACUUAAAGGAAAGUUUAAAUUACUAGGCAUGUCCAAAGGUCGCACCUUCACGUGAUGGCGCACGUGAUUUUUUUUCGUUAUUCGCCGGUCGAUAACGUAUUGUUUCCCUCUCGCGCUGUUGCGAGGGAAACAGUCUAAUUUCGUCACUCUCACGUGAUAUGCUCUCGACCAAUAAAACACUAGAAAAUUGCGACUUUGACUAUUGGUAUAUAAUAAUUAACAAUUAUUCGCCGAAGGCGAGGUGAUUAACGGUGAAUAAAAACCGAGACGAAGUCGAGGUUUUUAUUCACGAUAAUCACCGAGCCUGAGGUGAAUAAUUGUUUUAGUAUAAUUUCAUAGGUGAUUAUUUGGAAAAAAAUAAGAAAAUGUCACAUUUCUUCGUCAUUUAAUUGACAAAAAGGCUUCGGCCGCCAUUUUGAAAAUCGCUUAGGUGAUUAUCGCGUAAUAAUCACCUCAACGGCAACCAAUCAGCGUGGAGAAUUUUCAAUAAUCACCUAUGUAAUUAUACUAAUCCCCGAUAGUCACCGAGCCUGAGGCGAAUAAUUGUUUUAGUAUUUUUAUACACAAGUCUUUCGUGUUUUUGGGACUGAAUUUAUUUUAAUUUCGCUUAUUCCUUUAUCAAUAACUUCCACAAAACGGCUAGCCGCCAUUUUGCAAAUUUCGGUUUUGCUAUGUUCAACUGUAGGUGAAUAUAACAGCUUAAUACGUCAAAUUUGACCAAUCAACUUGUAGGAUUUGUACAUGUUAUAUUCACUUGUGCAAAAAUGUUAAUGAACAAUUAUUCACCGAAGUGGAGAUGAAUAGUGCAAGGAUAUCCGGAGAUGAGCAACCAAUCAAAUUGCACGAAAAGCACUAUCCACUUCCCGAUUAUAUUUAUAACUAGAAGUUACUAUCGCAAGUGAAGUGCUGCCUUGCAUUCAUAUCGUUGUGGGUGGGGUUCUUUUCCCAAAUAAAGAAAACAAACCAGAAUGAAUUUGUGUAAAAUUAAAAUUCUUUUAAUUACAGUUAUCAUUAAAAACAUUUACCACUUAACAUGUUUAAUAUGUAGAUAUAUAAAAGAUAGCCUAAGAUUGGUUACAAGAGAGACACACAAGCUAAGAAAUGAAUCAGACACAAGAACAAGAAAUGUCUGAGUAUGAGGCAAGAACUUAAGAAUCUGUAAACUAUUGCGAGUUACUCACUGACAAGGAUGGCGCCAGCCAGUGAUAUGCAUGCAAGCUUUUAAGCCAUAAGUAAAUAACCCGGGGCUGGGUACACAAUUGCAAAAUAUUUUCUUAUUUUGCUUAAUAUUGUGCUACGCUAGUUCUAUUGCAGAACUGGAAAUUUCUUAUCACUCAGAAAAUAUGGGAGAAUGCUAAAUAAGGGACGUAAAUAAAUGUACCGGUAACACCUCGCUUUAGCUAUACGGUAUUUAUACAGGGAUUACAGGUAAGACAAAAUAAAGUUUGAAACAAUAAAAAAAUGCACCACAAUUUUUUUAUUAAUUUAAUUUAAACAUAUUAAUACCAUAACUAAUAUUAAACAAUAUAACAUUCAUGGAAGCAUAAUGUUCCAGCCAUUACAGUACCCAUAUCAGAACGCACCACAAAUUUUUAAAUAUAUACCCCAACAUAACACAACAUAACUAAUAUUAAAUAUUGUUAUAUAGUUAGUGUCAAUUUUUCUGUUUGCAUUAGUCAAAACCAUAUCACGUGCCGGUCCACAAGAGUCUAGUUCACUGCAUGCCAAAGCGAGGGGGCAACCGGUUCAAAAUGAAACAAUUAUUGACCAAUCUAUAACAGAAUGGGUACCGUACAAUGUGCAUGUGUACAAUGUGCAUGUGCAUCAACCGUGAAGUUCCAAAGUUCAUUUUUUUAAACUUUAUUAAACAUUUACGGCGUUACAUUUGUCUAGUUUUGGUUUCAAAGUUCACUCCAAUAACUGGUAAAUUAUUCAUACUUUGACACUUAUACACUUAUAUACUCGACCGCCGUUGUUGCCCUCGGCUUUGCCUCGGGCAACAACGGCGGUCUCGGGUCCACAAAACACGCUAUCCCUCGAUCUCAGUAAAUAAGUGAUAAAUAUAACAUGAAUGGCAGCAUAAUGUUCCAGCCAUAUGACAGUAUAACUAUAUACAGUAAUUAGUUAAUGUAUUUAGUAUUUAACAGACUAUAACUUUUAGUAUUUAACACUAUAAUUCAACUCAGUCACUUUCUCAUUUUAACGCAAAAUAUUCUCAAGUAACAUAUACGAACAAAUAUUAACAUAAUCAUAAUGACCAUUAUUAUAACCAAUUGAAAUAUUUAUCUUGCAAACAACUUGGGUAAAUUUUCAUUCGUAUACAAUUAUGUGUUCCAAUGUGGGCACGAUACUGCUCAAUUGAUAUUCCCAUAAUAACAAUAUUAAUAAUAAAUGAUAAUAAACUAUCACUGUGAUUAUUUAUACCUUGAAGUACGAUGUUCUUAUCAAGCUCAAACAGAUUUUUUACUCCACUUGUUUAUAUGCAUGGAGAGAUGUAUCACUUGUAUCAUUGGCACAUAAAAAUUUUAUAAUAAAAAUACAGUUGAUUCAUUCGUUUCAAUGGGUAAAAUAAUUCGACCAUUGUUAUUUGUGAUCAAACGUUCAUCUUACCUUGAAAAAUAUUUCGAUAAACAGCCAUACAUAAAAUUUGCAGCAAGCUGGAAUCAAAAUUUAAUACAACAGGCAACAACAAAGUUGACAAACAGACACGCGAAUUAAACGUGUUUACAAAUUGUAAUGGUUCAUGGUGGUGUUCAACAACAUCUGAAGUAAAUAUACACUGGAGAACUCCAUGUCUUGAUGUAAUUUUUGAAUACAAACAGAAAGAAAAUCGUAAAUUAAUAGGAAAAUCCUUCGGCUGGCCUUUGCAGUUUGCAUCGCGUUUAUACAUAAAUUGUCGAUUCACCCCUCAUUUUAAAAACAUCCUUGAGCCCCCCCCCCCCCUAAAUCUUACCAGACAGACAAACCGAAAGAAAGACACCCAAAUAUCGAGAUUUCACAAACAUAUAUAUCGCGCGAAAGACUAGGUCGAGUGAACUCUGGCAAAACAAAAGGGCGUCAAGAAUAGGGAGCUGCCUACGGCAGCAAUUAUUCGCCGGUGAGGUGAGGCGAGGUGAUUAUCGGGGAUUAGUAUAAAUUCCAGGUGACUAUUGAUUUUUCUGCAUUCUGAUUGGUCAAGAUUCACUGUCUCUGAAGUGAUAGUCACUGGUCAGUGACUAUAGCUUUUUUUUCAAAAUGGCUGCUCGUUUUGCCGUAGUAACAGAAGAGCAAAUUGACAAAAUUAAAAUAGAUAGCAUUCCGAGGAUAUUUUAAGGUAAAAUAUUAAACUUUACGUGCUUUUAUUUGGAAAAAAAACUGACUUAGUCGCAACGCAACACAGAGCCGUGUCUGAGAUUUAAAUUUUGUAAACAAACUAUUUAUAGUGAAAAUAAAUUUAUUUGAAGUGAAUUUUUAUAAAGUUGUGUGGAUUAUUGUUUGUAAACACCUGGAAAUUUAUACUAAAACAAUUAGUCGCCUCAGGCUCGGUGAUUACAAGCCUAUAUUCAAUUCGCCUUCGGCUUAGUGAAUAUAGGCUUGUAUUCACCGAGGUCGGGAAUCUUCGAGUUAAGCCCUUCGAGUUAAGCCCCUCGAGUUAAGCCCUUUUCGAGUUAAGCCCCGGUCACGCCCUGUUUUGCCAUGACCACGCCCCUUUUCCAAAAGGGCUUAACUCGAAGAACGAAACACGAUUUGGGUCAUUCGAGUUAAGCCCGGGGGCUUAACUCGAAGUUUGACAAAAAAGUUGUUGCUCGAGUUAAGCCCCGACUUUUGAAGUAUGUCAACGAGUGCAAUUAUUAAAUUGUCAAAUUUUCAAUACAAAAAAGCCAAAGGCAAAGCACAGAAAUUUUCCCAAAAAGAACUUGUAUAUCGCUAAUGUAAUACGAUUAUCUAAAACAAUCACAACUAUUAUCGUUAACAAUAUUUUAGGUUUUUCAUAUUUAAAUUAAUAUUAAAUUUAACAACACUCAACAGGUAAUUACUUUUAGUGGAUCGUUUAUCCACAACAAAACAACAAAACAAUAUUUUAAUUAUAAAGUAGAUAGAAUCCUAACUCGUUCCUUUUGUUUGAAUGUGCACAAUAUCGACAAAUUAACAGUUUUACUGUAACAAAAAAGGUACAACCUUCUCCCAUCACCUUGAACAAAACUAAUCUAUUAAGAAAAUGAUCGAAAAUGACAGCACGUAAUAACUAAAGAAAAAGAGAGGAAAGGGAAGGAAUUUCGGUAUAGAAUGAUCUGUCUUUGACAACUUGCGCCCAGAGACUCACGCCUCAUACGCACAUGUACAGUAAUUUUAUUAGCCAAAGGAAUGGUUAUGAAUCACGAAUGGGUUUCAUUUGUGUAAACAAAUUAUCACGGGGAGAAAUUGUUACAUUUGAGUAAUAUACCCAAAUGUAACAAUUUAUCCCCGUAAUAAUGGCGCUACGUCACCAUUUCGUUUAUAAAAUUACUAAUGGCUCAGCAAAUAUUCCCUUUUUAAUAAUACAAGUCAACGUAGCGCCAUUAUCACGGGGAGAAAUUGUUACAUUUGAGUAAAAUACCCAAAUGUAACAAUUUAUCCCCGUGAUAAUUUGUUUACCCAAAUGAAACCAUUCGUGAUUCGUAACCAUUUGGCUAAUAAAAUGACUGUACAUGUGCGUAUGAGGCGCGAGUCUCUGGGCGCAAGUUGUCAAAGACAGAUCAUUCUAUACCGAAAUUCCUUCCCUUUCCUCCCUUUUUCUUUAGUUUUUACAUGCUGUCAUUUUCGAUCAUUUUCUUAAUAGAUUAGUUUUGUUCAAGGUGAUGGGAGAAGGUUGCACCUUUUCUGUUACAGUAAAACUGUUAAUUUGUCGAUAUUGUGCACAUUGAAGCAAAAGGAACGAGUUAUGAUUCUAUCUAUUUUAUAAUUAAAACAUUGUUUUGUUGUUUUGUUGUGGAUAAACGAUUCACUAAAAGUAAUUACCUGUUGUUAAAUUUAAUAUUAAUUUAAUAUGAAAAACCUAAAAUAUACCUAAAAUACGAUAAUAGUUGUGUUUGUUUUUGAUAAUCGUAUUGCAUUAGCGAUAUAUAAGUUCUUUUUGGGAAAAUUUCUGUGCUUUGGCUUUUUUGUAUUGAAAAUUUGACAAUUUAAUAUUGCACUCGUUGACAUACUUCAAAAGUAGGGGCUUAACUCGAGCAACAACUUUUUUGUCAAACUUCGAGUUAAGCCCCGGGGCUUAACUCGAAUAACCCAAAUCGUGUUUCGUUCUUCGAGUUAAGCCCUUUUUGAGAAAGGGCGUGGUCUUGGCAAAACAGGGCGUGGUCGGGGCUUAACUCGAAAAGGGCUUAACUCGAGGGGCUUAACUCGAAGGGCUUAACUCGAAGAUUCCCGACCUCUAAUCACCUCGCCUUCGGCGACUAAUUGUUAAAUAUUCGCCGAGACGAAGUCGAGGUGAAUAUUCCUCGAUAAUCACCGAGCCUGAGGCGAAUAAUUGUUUUAGUAUUUUUACACAAGCUAGCUUUUGUGUUUUUUGAGACUGAAUUUAUUUUAAUUUCGCUUAUUUCUUUAUCAGUAAACUUCCACAAAACGGGUAGCCGCCAUUAUCAAAAUUUCUGUUUUGUUAUAUUCACCUGUAGGUGAAUAUAACAGCUUCUUACGUCAAAUUUGACCAAUCAACGUGUAGGAUUUGUUAUGUUCACUUGUGCAAAAAUACUAUUUGCCAAUAUUAACUUUUGCCAUAGAUACUCGAGAGAUGGAUAGUGCUUUUCCGCAAUUUGAUUGGUUGCUCCGCUCCAGAUAUUCUUGGACUAUUCACCUCAAGAUCAAAACAAAAUGUCUUCCCGUUUUGUUCCGAUGACAGACGACACUUUUCGCCAAUCCCAUUUAAGGCCACUGGUCAUUUUUGUUGUGGCUUAUGCUAAAACAAUUAUUAACCUUUCGGUGUUGGUUAACAGUGCAUCGACGUUUGUCACGCUUCGCUUCUCGGUGAAUAUACUUGCACUAUUCUCCUCCACUUCGAUCUCAUCAACUCUCCUCAAAAUUUGAAUCAGCUCAGAGUUGAUGAGAGUUGGCGGUCAAACGCGAGCUACAGUUCCAAGUCUCAUCCUUGUUUGACCAGGACUUAACAUAAUGGGAGAUUUAAAUUGUCUCGUAAUCCUUUUAUUUUUUUCAGCUUUUUAUAGUUCUAUGGUCAAUUCCUUUGUUCAUGUUGUGAUGUAUACAUAUUAUGGUUUGAGUGUAUUUCCUUCAAUUCGGAGUUAUUUGUGGUGGAAACGAUACCUCACGCAGCUUCAACUGGUAACAAUUUGGUUGCAAUUAACCUUAAUUUUUACGCAUUACUGAUGCAUUCCUGAAGCAUUCUCUGUUUUGAUUGGCUGCUGGCCUACAAAUAAUUCUGUAUAUCGCGCAGUUAUGACGUCACGCAUGCAGAUAAUAUUUUGCGACAUCUACAUAUGACGUCGUAGAAUAAUCGCAACCCCAGCAAAAGCCAGCUUGUUUACCGAAGAAAAAAAUAAAGCUGUGGUUGGUUGUAACUGAAAGCGAUUUACAAAAACCUUUAGACGAAAAAGAAGCGGAAAACACGAAACAAGCUACAAUGAGGUUUCAACUAUAGUAACUUGAAGAGAAAAAGAUCAACAAACCUCAAGAGAAUGAGGCCAUUGCUGAAGUCAUAAAAUUAUUUUUCUGACACAAUUUUGUUUUUUGUAUAUGUCGUAAUAAAGAAAUUAUUGAAUUCGUUUUUUACUGAUCUGCCUGAGCCUACCACAUCCAUUAAUUAUUAAUUGCAUGAUACUACAAUUAAGGAAUUGGUAUACUAUCUAGACAGGCAGGGUGUUGCUGUGCAUAUGCAUGCCGUUCACUCAUAAUUUCCACGAAUACUCCAGUUUUGUGUUUCUUCCGAUUGUCUUAGGGAUUACAGUUUAAUUUAGAUGGUUAAUCCACGCUUCUGCCUUUACCAGGGUAUAGAGAGUUUAAGCUUCACGUUCAUACGUCAAACAACAAACAUCGAGCAAAGAUUUAAGGCAAUAAAGAGUAAAUGAACUUGUUAUUCUAAAACUGUAAUAUAUAAUGAUUCUUUUGACACAAGAAAUAAAAUAUGAUGCAAAGAAGUUCAACAAAAAUUCUGCCAAGAAAAUUCGACUCUGCCGUUUGCCGUUGAGCUCAAACCUGAAGCUUAAACCCCCUCGUAAUUUUUAAAGUUACUUCAGUGGAUAAAGGGGAAUUCUAUAUUAAUCUUCACCAACAUGAAAACCACAGCAAAACGUUUUUACAAUUUACACUUCCAGAUUCAGUUUGUAUCGUACCUCAUGCAAGCAAUCCUUGGACUUCGUGAGAACUGUGGCUUUCCACGAUGGAUGGGUUACGGGAUGCUUCUUUAUAUGGUCUCAAUGCUCACUUUAUUCGGAAACUUUUACUACAAAACUUACCGCGAUGCAAAAAGCAAACAGGAGGGAAAGCAUAACAGUCGAAAUGACACUGUGGUGAAUGGGGUAACUCAGAACGGAAGCCAGAAGAAACUUAACUGAAAAACAGAUGAUGUAUCCAUAUACUUGAUUUUAAAAUAGAUAGGAUAUGAUUUUAAUUAAAAUAGAUAGGAUAUGAUUUUAAAAUAAUAUGCAUGCAAGAUCAAACUGAUCAUAUUGAUUCAUGGUCACGCAUCCAACAGUACCCUCGAAUCACUACGUGAAAGCGGUUCUAUAUUGCUACGAAUUUGUAACUUAAUAGUUAAUAGUCAGAAGAUGAAUUAAAUUAUAUUAA